AGAUGAUACUUAGAGACCUUGAUGGAACUUUGACAGGAACACCUUACAGCCAAGUCUUGCCUAGUGUCGAUAUUUUGCCACCAACAUGUCAAAUGGUUCCUGGGUUCAGUAUUAAUUUUCCAGCAAGUGUUUGCCCUCCUGGGGUAAAAUUCCACAGAUUUGCCUUCAACAAGAUAUACCCUGUAAACAUGAAGUAUCGAGAUGUGAUGCUAUCCAACAUCUACGGCAAUAUCACAACACCUUACAAAUUCAAAGCCGCAACCCAUAAGGAAGGCUGGAUGAUGCUAUUGGUUGACGGAUUGGAACACAAGAUUUCAUUUCUCGGAGCUGCUCAUGUGACUAACAUUAGCUACACAGGAACUUUUUACCAAUUUGAC